CAGAUUCGGACAUCGUCGAAAAUGGAGUGCUCAAUUGGUAACACUUUCAGGUGUUCUUCUGAUACGCUGCGUUUUGGUCCCCGACAACAAUGCAGCCGACUAAACCCUAAUCCUUCCUCUUUCCUCUCCUUUAAUUCCUCCCCAAUUCUCGCACAGAAUUUGGGUGCUUCUUCUUUGUCUGUUUGCCGGCGGACUAUUCGAGCUAAAGCAAAAAUGGCGGCGUCAGAGGGUUCGAUUAACGGAAGCAAUAGGAUGCUGGUGUUUGUGCCACCACAUCCUUUGAUCAAACACUGGAUCUCUGUUCUCAGAAAUGACCAAACUCCUUGUCCUAUUUUCAGGAAUGCAAUAGCGGAACUAGGGAGACUACUCAUGUAUGAAGCAGCACGAGAGUGGCUGCCAACUGUUGUGGGAGAAAUAAUGUCUCCAAUGGGUCCUGCUUCUGUUGAAUUCAUUGAUCCUAGAGAGCCUAUAGCGGUUGUUCCGAUAUUAAGAGCUGGUCUUGCUCUUGCGGAACACGCAUCCUCAGUUUUGCCUGCGAAUAAAAUUUACCAUUUAGGAGUAAGUAGGGAUGAGAAAACACUUUUGCCGUCGGUGUAUCUUAACAAGUUGCCUGAUGAAUUUCCCAAGAAUUCAAGAGUAUUUUUGGUUGACCCAGUGCUUGCCACAGGUGGUACCAUAAUGGCGGCGAUGGAUCUAUUGAAGGAACGUGGUUUGUCUGUUCAGCAAAUCAAAGUGAUUUGUGCGAUUGCUGCACCUCCUGCACUAUCGAAGCUUAAUGAGAAAUUCCCCGGGCUUCAUGUAUAUGCUGGAAUUAUUGAUCCUGAAGUCAAUGAAAAGGGGUACAUAAUCCCUGGGCUUGGUGACGCUGGAGACCGCAGUUUCGGGACAGAAACACAUUGGGAGAAGUGAUUCUUGUAUGAGUUGUUGAACUUUACAGUCACAAUCGUUAGAUUAUAUUGUCUCUUACUUUGUUUUUGAUGUGUGAUGCCGGGUUAUUGAGAGGGUUUCGAUAAAAGAGUCAAAGUUCA